GCUUCUCCAGGGAAACGUUUUUUUUAAGCGGAAAAUAAGCCAAGUCACUGUCUUCCAACAGGUUAUCGGGAGCGUUUAACCAGGCUCACCUCCUAACUUGCUGUUUGCACUGGAGAGGCGUAUUGACAUGAAAACGAUGGCGGCCAUCAGGAAGAAGCUGGUGAUCGUGGGAGACGGUGCCUGCGGAAAGACGUGUCUGCUGAUCGUCUUCAGCAAGGACCAGUUCCCCGAGGUCUACGUGCCCACCGUGUUCGAGAACUACAUUGCCGACAUAGAGGUAGACGGGAAGCAGGUGGAGCUGGCCCUGUGGGACACGGCGGGACAGGAGGACUACGACAGGCUGCGGCCCCUCUCGUACCCGGACACGGACGUUAUCCUCAUGUGCUUUUCUAUCGACAGCCCGGACAGCCUCGAGAACAUCCCCGAGAAGUGGACGCCAGAGGUGAAGCACUUCUGCCCCAACGUGCCCAUCAUCCUGGUGGGGAACAAGAAGGACCUGCGGAACGACGAGCACACGCGGCGGGAGCUGGCGAAGAUGAAGCAGGAGCCGGUGAAGCCGGAGGAGGGGAGGGACAUGGCCAACAGGAUCAAUGCCUUCGGCUACCUCGAGUGC